AUGGUAGCUUUGGUAUUUUCUGGUAUUAAAUGUAAUCCAGUAUCUUACGGGGCUGUGGCUUACGGGUCACGGUUUUCUGAGGUUCUGCUACUUAUUUCUAUUGCUGGACUUGCCGCUUCUUCAGAAACACCUGUCCAUCAUGCUCCACAGCCUUACAAAUUCGGAUACAUCAUUAAAGAUAAACACGGAGAGCAACAUAGGGAGGAAGUUGGUAACGGAGCCGGCAGUGUCAAGGGAAGCUACGGCUUCACAGAUGACAGGGGAGUGCACAGACAAGUCGAUUAUGUUGCAGAUAAGGCUGGAUUCAGAGCGCAGGUAAAAACCAACGAACCAGGAACAGCUAAUCAAGAUCCCGCAGCUGUUAAGUUCCUCUCUUCGGCUCCAAAGGUCGUUGAUGGCCCAGGACUUCUUGCCAACGGAUUAGCUGUCAACUCCAUUGCAAAUGCUGCAGGACGUCUUUCCAAUGGAUUAGCAGUCAGUUCUACUGGAAAUGCGGCAAAUCUUCAAGCAAGAUCAUUCGGGGCUCCUCAACUUGUAUUGCCCGCUGCAACAGGUGCCAUUGGAAAUGGAUUAGCUCUUAAUGUUGCUGGAUUAAGGAACGCAAACAAUGGCUUGCUUUUGGGUGGACUUGGUGACAAUGGACUUCUUGGGGGCUUAGAAUAUGCAAGAUAUGCUUUAUUAUGCUAUAUUUACCUCUAUUUUUAUAUUUUAUGCAAUAAUAAUAUUAAUUGUGUAUUAUUAUUUCAGGUUCUCGUAUUAGCCCUAGCGGCCAGUUUUGCUCUUGCAUCCUAUCAUGUACCUGUGCAUCACGCACCUAAGCCUUACAAGUUUGGAUACAAUAUAAAAGACAAGCAUGGAGAUCAAUACAGGGAAGAAGUCGGUGAUGGAACCAGUGGCGUGAAGGGCAGUUACGGAUUCACCGAUGCCAGAGGCAUCCAUAGACAGGUAGACUACGUUGCCGACCAUGCCGGAUUCAGGGCCCAAGUCAAGACCAACGAGCCUGGCACAGCCAAUCAAGAUCCUGCUGCAGUCAAGAUGAUCUCUUCUGCUCCAUAUGCCGGAUAUAACGCCGGACCUUUCGGGGCACCUGCUGCGUUAGGCGCCGGAGCUGAAGCUGGAUUGCUUGUUGAACGCGGGUUGCCAAAUGCCGGACUUGUUAAUGCAAUACCAUUUGUUGGUCUUGCCAAUGGAGGGCUAGGAUUCGGAGGUUAUGGCUUGGGAUAUAAUGGCUAUGGUCUUCAACAAGCUUUACUCAAUACGUUAGGAUAUCAGAGAUAUGGAUACUGA